UGGCCUUAUCAACACAAAUUUCAAUCCCCUUAUCCUAUUUUCGCUUGUUUCUUCUCUAACUCUAUUUCCCUCUCCUCUCCUCAGAAUUCUCUUUAGCUUCUGCUGCAAUGGCUUCCACGCUAUCCACUAUUACCCUUCGCUCUCCCUCUCACAUUUCUCCCUCUACCACACACGCGUCUUUUUCCUUCCCCACCAAAACCCUACAACUCCCCAUUCGCACUCCCAAACUCCACCGCUGCCGCACCACCUUCGUCCGCCCUCUCGCCGCCGUCGAUGCGCCGGAUAAGGUCGUCCAGCUCGGAGAUGAAAUAUCCACUCUAACCCUCGCCGACGCACAGAAACUCGUCGAGUACCUUCAGGAUAAGCUUGGUGUUUCAGCUGCCUCCUUUGCACCCGCCGCCGUCGUCGCUGCACCUGGUGGCGCAGCCGCUGAUGCUCCACCUGUGGUGGAGGAGAAGACGGAAUUCGAUGUAGUCAUUGAUGAAGUGCCGAGUAAUGCUAGAAUUGCGACGAUUAAGGCAGUUAGGGCUUUAACAAAUUUGGCAUUGAAGGAAGCUAAGGAAUUGAUUGAAGGCUUGCCUAAGAAAUUUAAGGAGGGUGUUUCUCAGGAAGAAGCUGAAGAAGCUAAGAAGCAGCUCGAAGAAGCUGGUGCUAAAGUUUCCAUUGCUUAAAAUGAAUUUGUGGUAAAUGUUCAUUCUUAUUUUGUUUUGAUUAUCUGGGGGAAAUUACUUUAAGUUCUUCUGUUAUUUUGCAAGAGAAUUCGGCUGUUAGAUAGUUGUAUUGUACCCAAUUUUCUAAAAAUCAAGAUUUUCACCCC